UGUAGGAAGCCAGAGACCGUAAGAUGCACCCCACUUCAGGGCUGUUAAAAUGUUUCAAAAUUAUUUUAAAGCAUCUUAAAACGGGUGAAGAUCUUUCGGGAAUAAAGGAGUUUCCCUUUGCCCCUUGCCCCUCAGCCUGACCAUGCUGACUCCAGUUUGAUGGUAGUGGCUACUCAGAUGUGUCCAGGCUGCAGGGGAGAGAGUGGUGAGCGGGGAGGCGUGGGCAUGGCAGGUGGGAGCAUGGGGGAGCCCCCCACUGAGCGCUAGCUGUGCCCGGCUCCAGGCUCGAGCCUUCCAGCGUUCUCCCGCAGUAGCCCUGCCUUGGGCGCAAGGAAGUCGAAGCUUAAGAGUGGCCCAGGGACCACCCAGCUGAGUGGAGCCGGCCUUGCCGGAGUCCUGGUGUGGUUGGAGCCGCGCCUCUAGGUGUCACUGGGGUGACAGGCCCGCCCUGUUCCGUCGGGCAGCGGCUGGGGGCUGUGUACGAGCCGAGCCCCCCGUCAGCCACCUCCGGUUCUAGCAGGUCGGCUAAGCGGGCUUCUCUCCGAAGGAGUGGUGUUCCCUGCGCGAAGCCCUUCUGAGCCCCCGGGGUUGAAGGAGUCACUUUGCGGUGACUCGUCCUUAGCUGGCAGCGAGCGACGCCUGCCUGCCUCCUCGGCAUCCAGGCAGAAUGUGGAUUGCUCGGCAGAGGACUAUGUCCGUCCAGGGUUUGGAGAAACCAUGUGGAAAGUAACCUAGUUAGUAGGCUCUCAGGAGUGAUCUCCUUCUGGCAGUUGAGUCUUCCAUAUUUAAGCCAGAGCCACUUCUCUGAAGCUGGUCUGGCCCCUGUUUUUCUGUGAUGGGCCCCUUGGCACACCCCGCGCGGGAGUGGAGCAGCCCCUGUCGGAGCCAGUCCUGCUCCCCGCUCUCUCCUCUCCGGACCGAACUUUCGCUCCGGUUUUGAGCGAGGGUCGAAGACCCACCCUGAGCCCAGAAGAGCAUUCAGAGGGGCACGAGUCAGGCCUAAGCAGAGGGAAGGGGGGCCUCCUGCCGUCACCUUCUCUGGCAGGGCCCUGUCCUGGAUAAGGGCGAUGGAGGACUCUCUGUAGCUCUGCUUGGCUGAAGGCCACCGCCUGUGUGCCCAGGCCUGGGGCCUUGGGGACCAGGGGCCCUUCAUCUGAGGGACUGCACAGUCGGAAGGGUGCGGACCAGCUGUGACGGGGGGGUCUCCAUGGGGGCCUGAACCUACUUCCAGCUGCUGAGGCCGCGUGGGACCUGCUGGCCCGCGCCCCCCCGCCUUGGACCCCCCUUCCUGGGCCAGCGUCGGUCUCUUCCCAGUUCACCACUUGUCUCUGCUCCAGCAGCUGUGCUGGGCGUGGCUGCCAAUUAAGCAAGUGGGACUGUAAGUGACAGGCUAAAAUUAGGUGUCUCCACACCCCCAGGCCUCCUUUCAUUGGGGCUGUUCUGAGCCUUCUAGACUGCGGGUUGACAGUCACCUGCCAAGUUUGAGGGAGGGGGCAUGGGGCGGGGGCCUCCCGGGAAUGCGAGUUUGGAAGUUGGAUGGUAUUAACUGCUCUGGCUGGUGUCUGUGCGUCUGUGCGUGUUGCUUCCUCCCCUGCAGGUUCGGACGGGAACAGCAUGGAUUCGGUGGACAGCUGCUGUGGCCUCAGGAAGCCUGAUGGUGUCCAAAAUGCCCAGGCAGGCUCCCAUCCCAAGAAGGUCGACCUCACCGUCUGGGAGAUCGAGGUGCCUAAGCACCUAGUUGGUCGGCUGAUUGGCAAGCAGGGACGGUAUGUGAGUUUUCUGAAGCAGACAUCUGGUGCCAAGAUCUACAUCUCAACCCUGCCAUACACCCAGAACAUCCAGAUCUGCCACAUAGAAGGCUCUCAGCAUCAUGUGGACAAGGCACUGAGCUUGAUUGGGAAGAAGUUCAAGGAACUGAACCUCACCAACAUCUACGCUCCCCCACUGCCUUCGCUGGCACUGCCUUCUCUUCCCAUGACUUCCUGGCUCAUGCUCCCGGAUGGCAUCACUGUGGAGGUGAUCGUCGUCAGCCAGGUCAGUGCUGGGCACCUGUUUGUGCAGCAGCACACACACCCUACCUUCCAUGCGCUGCGCAGCCUGGACCAGCAGAUGUACCUGUGCUACUCUCAGCCUGGAAUCCCCACCUUGCCCACCCCGGUGGAAAUCACGGUCAUCUGCGCUGCCCCUGGCAUGGACGGUGCCUGGUGGCGAGCCCAAGUGGUGGCCUCGUACGAGGAGACCGAUGAAGUCGAGAUUCGCUACGUUGACUACGGUGGAUACAAGAGAGUGAAAGUAGACGUGCUCCGGCAGAUCCGGUCUGACUUUGUGACCCUGCCGUUCCAGGGAGCAGAGGUCCUUCUGGACAGUGUGAUGCCCCUGUCAGAUGAUGACCACUUCUCACCUGAGGCGGAUGCAGCUAUGAGCGAGAUGACGGGCAAUACGGCACUGCUGGCUCAGGUGACGAGUUACAGUCCAACCGGCCUUCCUCUCAUUCAGCUCUGGAGUGUGAUCGGAGAUGAAAUACACUGGAGAACAGAGAGAACCCACGAUUUUUCCACACCCCGUGCAGUCUGUGAGCAGAAGUUCCUCGUGCCGGCUGCCGCUGCCUGUCCCAGCUCCAUCGCGUCCUGCGUACCUGACAGGGUGACCGUAUGGCAUAGGCGUGAUCCGGGGAUUUUCUUUUUCUUUUUUUUUUUUUUUUUUUUUUCUUUCUUUUUUUUUUUUUCUGUACAAACUUGUUUAAAAAAAAAAAAAAGAAAAAAAAAGCAGCUCAUUGAAUUACCUUGCGGUGGUGUGUGUUUGAUUCUUUUUUAGACUGCAUUCAGCACUGUGCAGUUUAAAUAACUUGAACUUAUAUAAAUCUCAAAUUGUAUACAUUAUAACUGAGUCCAUUUUUUCCAUGGUGAAAAAGGGGAGUGAAGGAUGGUUGUAAGUGUGAUGGGCUGUAGGGUCCCAAUUAAACUAGGAGACCCAUGGAUGGCUCCUUGAAGACAGUUUAGCCAGAAAUUUCCAUCUGGUAUUUUCCCUGCCUUUGCCCCACACCGUGGCAGCCAAGCUUCCUCUGGCUUCCUCCGGUGAUGGUCUCAAAUAGCCAGGCUUGAGUUUAAAGCACUGGUUUCCCAAAUUCUUGGUGCAUUCUUAAUAGGUCUGAAGUUAUUAAAGGUACUGUAGUGCUAAGAAUGAUAUAAAAGAAUACAUUUACGUGGUGAGAGCAGAGCUAAGUCUCGAUCCAGAGGCCCCUCCUCUUAAAGGUAGGCCCAGGCCUCUGUGCCUCUGGGCUUGCCCACCCCUCCAGGGGUCUCUGGAGAGCUGAGAUAGCCCCGGAGUCCUUCACACUGAAGGCAUCCUCCUGCAGAGCUGCAGCCAGUUCUCCCCGGCUGUGGGUACCAAGUGGUUAAAAUAAAAGCCUCAGUUUCGCUCAUCUGUGGGAUCAAUGGUACCAAUCUCGUAAGGCAAUGAAGUGAAAUGGAAGUGUUGGGUUGGCCAAAAAGUUC